GUACUGACUAGCUGUCGGUGUUUUUGUUAUUGUGUCUGUGACUGUGUCAAUAGUUUUGAGUUAUUGGUCUGACAUUCCAUUACAGAUUAACUCUAUAAUAUUUGUUUAUGACUGUAAUAUUGAGAAAAUCCAUUGUUUUUUGUUAUUUUUAAUUGUAAUGGUUCAUCUUACUGGAGAAGAAAUGAGCUUUGACAAACCCAUUUUCCCCCCGGGUACAGCGACUCUGCUGGAUGAACUGGACAAAAAAUUAAUGGUUCUACUUAGAGAUGGAAGAACCUUAAUAGGAUAUCUACGUAGUGUGGAUCAGUUUGCCAACUUAGUCCUCCAUCGAACCAUAGAGAGGAUACAUGUAGGGAACGAGUAUGGCGAUAUCCCACGUGGAGUUUUCAUUGUUAGAGGAGAAAAUGUUGUUCUCUUGGGAGAAAUUGACAAUGAGAAAGAAGUCUCUCUACCUCUGGUGGAAGUGACAGUAGACGAGAUAUUGGAUGCCCAACGCCGUGAACAAGAGGCCAAACAGGAACAUGACAAAUUGUUAGCUAAAGCAUUGAAAGAACGUGGUCUCAGGUUAAUACCUGACCUGAGUCAUGAUGAUAUGUUUUGAUAAUGGCUUUCCAACUAGGAGAAACAUCAGGCAACAUUGAAUUGAUUGGCUUACUGUACAUCAUUAAUGCUGUCCAGUUAUAUGACAUAGCUGUGUCAUUAAACCUAUACUCUGUUCUGAGUGUAUUAAGGAAAUCUAACGAUACUAAUUAGAUUUAAUUUAUGUUGUACUUUAUUCGGGUAUAUACUUCAUAACAGUGUUGCACAUAAAUUGGUUUCCAUCCUAAACUCACAGAUUUAGAUGUCAUUAGAUUCUUUAAUACUAAAUGUGGGAACUUAAGAUUCUAAGGGUUAAUGCAAAAUAAUGAAACAAGAUAGAGACAAAUCAUUCUUCUGAAGUCAGGAGAUUUUAAUAAUGUGCAAUGUGUUAGAAUUCAAACAUUAGAAUUGAAAUACAUUUUCUUUAUAAAUAAUAUUCUGAAUGAUCGUUCUUGUUCACUCUUAAAUUUAUUUAAAUCAAGUUUACAUACACUACAAGUUUUAUCAAAUUUUAUAUGCUUAACUCGAUUGAUUGUUGUGUAUGAUACUUGAAAGACGGUUUUCACUAUAAUUUUGUUAUGUAUAUACAUAUACCCUCUCCUUCUCAGCAAAUAUUCGUAUUGCCAUACCCAAUCAACCACAUUAUAAAGUAAUGUAAUAUAGCCACAAGGUGUGAUUCAAUUAUUUUAUCAUUAAAGUAAAUAUAAUUCUGAUGUUUAGUUUUAUUCUUUACACCUAUAAAAACAGGAUUUUCCUUUUAUUUUUAUUAUUUACUGCAUGUUAAGGUUUUAAAGAAAUAAUUUUAUUUUGUUAAACAUGUCAGAGCACAAUGAUACUAGGUGGGGUCACCCAAUAUUUUAUAUAGGUGAAAAAUAAUUUUUAGCUUAAUGUAUCAUCUUUGCAUAUUGUGUGACAAAUCAUGUAUUACAUUUUAAAGUAAAAAUGACAGAAUUAAUUUGCUGUACUAAGAGAAAACUCCAUCUGCUGUUUUUAUUUAUUAACACUUUGGCUGUCAGCCUAAUUCUGUUUCACACAAUCUCUACCAGAAUGUAUGUGUCCAACACAAAUAAUUUGUGUUAAAAAAGCCAAACUGUAUUUUUAAUAAUUUGCAAAUGGUCAGGGAAUAAUGUAUGAUACUUCAACAAACUUAUACAUGGCCUUACAUGUAUUAACAUAUUCUUUGGCGAAGGCUGUAACCUAAUAUAAUAUUGUAUAGUAAAACCUGUCAUAUCCAGCAUAAUGUGGCAUUGGAUAUUGUUAAAGGGAAUGUGGAAUUGAAUCAUAAAGAAUAUAAUUAAUUUAAUCCAAGUGCUCUACCGAUGUGGUUUACUAUAUGCAGACACUAUGAAAUCGUUUAAUACUGCACUGUGAAAUGCAUCCCAUCCACAAUUUUAUAAACUUAUAAUACAGCAAACAAUUACUCCAGUUGAAACAUUAAAAUUAAACUAAUGCACUGGAUAAUUUUACUUUUUGGAGUUACAUAUGUAAAAUAAAACACAAUUCAAUAGAUAAUAAAUAUAGGUUUAUUUUAGGGAAAAGGAAACCUAAAAUAAUUACUAAUUAAUUUAGUAGUGUUUAAUGAUGCGCCAAAUAGUGGUUUCACCGAAUAACCGAAUGCUAUUUGUUUCAACCUAUUCUGAACCGGAAAUUCGGCCGAAUUAUGUUGGUUUACCAUUUUAUUGUAUUGCUGUGUAAACAGGUUUUAACAUGUCGCUGCUUACUAAAUGACGAGUGAGCAGUACCGCACAGCCCGCCACCCGCACUGUCAAUUUGCUUCAAAACAUCGCACGAUUACGUUACCAACUUACAAAUAAAAAAAGGUGCAUAUUAUUGCAAAAAUAUUGAUAAUACUAACUUUAUUGUGUUUGCAAUAUGAGUGGGCGUAAAAGAUCACAUGCUUGGGUUUUUUUGACGAAAUGGGAGAUGAUAAUACAAAAGUUAAGUGCAUUUUGUGCAGUUGUGUUAUUUCUCGUGGUGGAACAGGGUGCAGUGCUUCCGGCGAUUGGUAUGACAAAUCAUUUGAAGCUGAAACAUAAAGAACAACUGCCAGUAACCAUGUCUACUUCUGUAAGUGCUUCUGAACAUAGCUCAGACACUUUACCUACAACUUACAGUGUAAAGUCCAAUAAAGGCCGGUCUCAUUCAGAAAGUACUCUAGAGGAGGCUUUUAUUACAAAUUGGGUCAUAAAAGAUUCUCAAGCAAAGGAAAUCCAUAACGCCAUCGCUGAAAUGAUCGCAACUGACAAUCAGCCUAUUUCAAUUCUGGAAAACAAAGGCUUUAACAGAUUACUGCAUUUAUUGAAGCCUAAAUAUAAGUUGCCUGGAAGAAAGUAUAUAAGUGAAGUGCUGAUUCCGGCAAUUUAUGAGAGAGUACAAAAUUGAUCCAGGCUGUUUCGAUUACAUCUGAUAUGAGGACUUGCUUAAACAACAUGCUUAGCUUCUCUGCACACUGGCUUAAUGAGGACUUCGUUCUACAACAUAGAGUUCUGCAAAUAAAACUUUUACUGGGUCUCACUUAGUUGAUUAUAUACGUUCUGUAUUGGAAGAGUUAGCUUCAACUUGGGACAUUGCUUCGCUAAUCCACAUGAUUAUGAGAGAUGGUGGUCCCAGUAUGGUUAAAGCUAUCAAUGAUAGUUCAUUUGUUGGUAAGGGCUGUUUUAUACAUGCAUUGCAAUUGGCAAUUAAAGCUUCAUUACAGGUUGAAAACGUAAGUGAUGCUUUGACCUCUGCUAGAAGAAUAGUGACACACUUCAACCACUCCAGCACGGCGCAAGAAAAACUGAAAAAUAUUCAGAAAGAACUAAAUCUAGCUGAGCAUCAGCUUAUACAGGACGUCACAACGAGGUGGAACAGCACCUAUUAUAUGUUGGAAAGAAUCAUUGAACAAAAACUUGCAAUUUCGCUUUACAUUUACAAUUCUGACUCAGUUAACAUUCGAAAUUUUACCGAAAGACAGUGGCUGAUUCUCAAAGAAUUUUUAAUUCUAUUAAAACCGUUUGAAGAAGUCACCAAAAUUACCAGUUCUAGACGUUUGUCAAUUUCAGAAGUGAUUCCCCAUAGUAACACUCUGAACAAAUAUUUUACAAAGCCUGAAAUUUUAGAAAUAUGUCCAAAUACACCAGAAAUGGUACAGAAGCUGCAAGAAGUUCAAAGUCAUUUUCAAAAUUUGGAAGAAGACAAAUACUACUGCCUGUCUACAUUAUUGGACCCUCAGUUUAGAAUGAGAUUUUUUGCUCCCCAAAAUUGUGAACUGGUAAGAAGAAGGCUUUUUCUAGAAGCCAUUCAUAGAAGCGACUCUGAUUCUCAAAACUCAAGUGAAGAUCAAUCUGUAACAAACCUUAAAAAAGAGACCUCUACAAGAUGUUACACAUUUUUUAGAAGAACCUCAUGUGACAUUUUGGAACUGUUAUGAACUUGCAUCAAGAAUCAAGAAUUUUAUUGCCAUUGACAAUUUACAUUGAAUAGGCAAAGUCAACCUAGUUUGUAGUUAUAUAAAUAUUGCAAGAAUAAUAACGAGAAAGUACAGAAUGAGAAUCAUUAUAAAUAUAACUAUUACGAAACAGUUAACCUAGACAUCCCUUUAAUAGUUUAUAGAUAUAUAUAAAAAGAGAGAGAAAAAAAAAAAAAUUAUUAUAAUAGUAACAAUAAAAUAUAAAAUUCAAUCUUAGGCACAGUAAAUUAAGUUAUUUAGUUAAAAUUGAACAUCUAUGUUACAAUUUAAAAAUUCAUUUAUACUAUAAAAUGGGUUUUGAAGAAGCCAAUUGUAUAUUUUAUGUUUAAAAGGUCUAAAACUAACAGACUUUGCACCAUCAGGCAGCCUAUUGAAAAAAUUAAUACAAUUUAGCUUGAAAGAGGUGCCAGUUUUAGCCAGUCUAUGAGGAAGUAUAUUGAGUUUAUUCCCCCCUCUAGUGUUAUAAUGAUGAAUAUUAUUCCUAAUUGGAAAAUUCUGUAGGUUUGAUUUAGUGUAUAAUAGUACUUGAAAAAUAUACAAAUUGACAACUGUGGGAAUCUUAAGCAUCGACUAAUCUGGUCAUUUCGGAAGAUCCUAAAAGCCCAAUCGCUGUGGAAUUGGACUGCUAUGUAGCUGAAAGUCUUUUACCUAGAACCCAGAGCCCUUUUGAUUGGUGGACAAAGCAUAAGUCUAAAUAUGCACAUUUAGCUAACUUAGCCCUAGUAUUUCUAAGUGCUCCUGGUAAUAGUGUGUAUUGCGAACGAUUAUUAUCAGAAGCAGGGAACCUAUACGAAGAAAAACCCAACAGACUCUUGCCGGAGAGUGCCGAAAGCUUGGUGUUUCUGCACCAUAAUUUACCAUUAAUUAAUUAUAAAUAUUAGAAUAUGUAUGGUUCCUUUUUGCUUGUCUUUUAUUUUAUUUCAGAUCUCUAUUACAUUUUUAGUUUUUUUUUCUUUAUAUAUAUCUGUUAUAGUGUAUUAUUAUCAAUUUGCUACUUAAUGUGUUCAUUGAAAAAUUUAAAAUUUUGGUUUGAGGUUUAAAAAGAAAUGUGGGUUUGAUAGAGAUUUACAAAAUUUUGAUUUGAAUUUAAGUUUAAGUAUAAAAGUUGAUAAGUAUAAAAAUAGAUGCUGAUUUAAGGUUAAGAUAUAAAAUACAAGUUGACUGUAAAUAAUUACAGGUUAAGAAAUAAAUAUUUUGAUUUGAAGUUUAAAAAAAAUAUUGAUUUGAAAUUUAAUGGUUUUAUUUUAUUAGCUUUAUUCAACACAUUAUUCAUAAGAUUUCUUUGGCUUAUAAAAUGACAUAAGAAGUUUUGUCUUUUAGUUAGAUACCGUGUUGUGUAGCCAAAAAAAUAGAAACAUUCGAACCGAAUAUAUUCGGCACAAAAACCGAAUAAUUCGGCCAAAUACAAAUAGUGGAAAAGGUGCUGAAUACCGAAUACUAUACGAAUAUUCUGCGCAUCUCUAGUAGCGUUCAAUAUUUAAAAUUCAAAUCUCAACUUCAAAAUGUAUAAAGUAACUAUCCCAUAACUACAACACAUUGUGAUGCAUAUUUAUAAGAUAACACAACAGCACUGAUAGUGUUGUCUCUCAAUCCUGUACCAUCCCUGCCCCGCCAACUGACAUGUGGGAGAGUGUGAUCACACGUGAGAAAUUCCUUGUUUACAGAGCAAAGCUUACAGUUUCCACACUUUAUCAUUUUUCAUCAGGCCGGAUAUCGCAUGGUUGUAUUUGACAGGUUUUACUUCAUUAGACUAUGUAAUGGCUGGUUAUCAGUGUUAAGUUGUAUUAUUUUGGUUUACUCGAGUACUUUGUUGAAAAUAUAUAUAUAUUAAAUUAGAUUCAAUAAUUACUCCCUACAAGGUUGUUGGAAUAUUAAAUCAUAGUAUGUUGUGAUUUUCCAUAAAUUAAAUUAGCAAAUUCUUCUUACAUAAUAUUUUGUGUUUACGUAUUACUGAAAGUCAUAGUUAAAUGUAAUAAAAUUUAUAUAUGUACAUGACUAACAGUACAGCUUUACAUGUAGUAAUUAUGUUUAUGAUUAUAUUACCUAUGUUAGAGAUAAGGCUUUUUUUCCCUACUCACAUUUUGUAUCAAAUAGCUUUAAAACAGUUAAGAGAUUAUACUUAAUCUUUUCCUAAAAUGCUUAAAGCAGUUUAAGUUUAGUUAUGUUACAAUAGAUUAUAAUAUAAAAAGUGAGCAAGAUAGUGAUUGAGUAAGAAUUUCAAUGUAGUACAAAUUAUAAAAGUAUAUUGUUUUAAAUUAUAAAAUGCUGCAGACUUGGGUUGGCAUAUGCUAUAUUAAAGUAAUGUAAAGUCAAACUUUUGAAUGUAAUAUUGCAUGACUUUACUUAGAUAUCAAGAAUGUAUUUACAUUUGUUGUUGCAUGAUUCAAAUACAAAUAAACAUUGUUAUUUUUCAUAAUGUGUAUAUGUCUCAAGUUAGAAGAAAUUACAGAAUUAUAUAGUG